CUUAUCGGCGAGUGUAGGUAAUGGCUUAUCUAUUAAACUCAGGCCAACGCACUUGGCAAACACGAUAUGAAAAGUGGGACCAAGUGGAAGAUGUGACUAUCAUUUGAGCUGCCUCUCUCUUCAAGGUGCCAUGGGCCAGCGAGGAUCUAAGCAACCAGAGGCACGAGUUCUCCUUCUGGGCCUGGACAACGCUGGAAAAUCGACUCUCCUCUACAAAAUGAAGCACAACGCGUCUGUGAGCACGGUCCCUACCAUCGGCUUCAAUGUGGAAAUGUUCGAGGCAAGAAAGAACAAGAAAAACAUCGCCUUAACGAUGUGGGAUGUUGGUGGUCAGACGAAGAUGCGCGAGUACUGGAAGAGUUUCCAUCAUGGGACAGCAGCUGUUGUGUUUGUUGUGGACAGCUCUGACAAGGAGCGUCUGGACGAGGCCCGCAAAGAGCUGGAAAACACGCUGAGAAGUGGCCAUUUGCGGGGCCGUUCUCUGAUUCUUCUCGCCAACAAACAGGAUGUGAACGGAGCUCUGACAGUCACUGAGAUCAAGGACAAGUUCAACCUGACAAAGCUCUGCUCUACUCGGGACUGGUUCGUGCAGCCUUGCUCCGCAAAGACAGGAGUCGGAGUCGAAGAAGCCUUCAGACGAGUGGUCCAAAUGGUCAAACUCCCAUCAGACUCUGGGGCCAUGAAAGACAAUAUCAAGGAAACAGUGAACUACCUGAAAGCGAGCACCAGGUUUUAACCACUGACAAUAUUACAAAUUAACUUUGAAAAACGUUUGUUCCAAAUCGAAAGCCCUUUGUGCCAAAAAUGAUUAUAAAAAUACUAUAGAAACAACAUUUUUGGUUAAGUCAUUGUUUUUAUACAGUCAUUUGUAUGCACAUAUCCCAUUUGGAAUCUUGUAAGCUAAGAGCGAGUGAAUACCUGGAGGAAAUAGGAUACGAUACAUUAAAACUACUGCUGAGUGCCACAAACGCACAACGGCAGAGAUGUUUCCAUUGGUGUGUAUGCAUAUCUUCUUUCAAUUAUUAAAGGGAAGCCUAUUAUCUCGUACAGCAAGUUCAUUAAUGGCUUCACAAAAGCAUCUCACUGAUACAGCAUUACUGGGAUAAGUAAAAGAUAAGUACGUAUACUGCAGGUUUUGGUGACAGUGGUCAUUUGUUCUGAAAAAUGUUUUUAGUUGGCGUUUAUUCUUUUUUUUCAAUCCAACAGCCAUCAAAUCUACACUUGCACUACAUAUUGAUAAACGUUAUUAUGGAUUUUAUUUCAAGAACAUUCCCGAACAGGUGUUUUGCUCGAGGUUAUACAGUACAGUGGCCAAAGGGGCUUGGCAAUCUUAAAGCUGUUUUUAUUAGUCGUUUCCGAUCCAUAAAGCAUUAGAUGAUUUAGUUAUAUUGGCCGCAUCGUAUUAGAAAAUGGAACCAAACUUGGAAGCUCAUUCAUUGGAAGAAAUGGAGCAACGUGUGAAAAAACAAAACAAAACCCUAAAUAUCUUGUACUGAACUAUAGGCUACAGUUCAUGCUGCAACGAUACCUGACCACCACUAAUAUAAAAUACAAUCAAAUAAUGAACAUACAGUGAGUGCUAUAGACUCCGAGUUUAUCCUCC